AUUUUUCAAAAAUGGAUGGAUGUCUGUGUGUGUUUACAAGGUCAUAAGGUCACCAAGGGGUCAUCAGGACCCGCAGACUUCCUAGCGCAGCAGGAGUUCACUAUAGUAGACGCCGAAACAACAACAACAAAAACCUCCCCCCCUCCCCCUCCCGUCCCCGUGCAGAACGAGCCCUGCUCUCUGCUUGCUGGAGAAGAGACAAACACGAGCGGAAGACCACAGUGGAACGUAGGACAAGGGACGAGGUACCAUUCAGGACUUGUGGACAUACUUGUGAGGACAUCUUCCAACCUUUUGGUGCAGCAAGAGGACCGCGACGCCAUGACGACGGAGAUGCAAGAGAUUGCCAUCACAGAGGACAAGCCACUGCUCACGGGUCAGGCCGAUUCCAGCAAGCAGGAUGCUGAGCUGGCGGCGAGGAUACUCCUGGACCAGGGACAGGAACACAGCAUUGAGACCCCACAUGGCGUCCUGCAUGUGACACUGCACGGCACACGGAACAGCCGCCGCCCCGCCAUCCUCACCUUCCACGAUGUGGGGCUGGACAACAAGAGCUGCUUCCUGCCGUUGUUCAAGUUUGAGGAGAUGCAGGAGAUUGUCAAGAAUUUCACACUGAUCCACAUUGACGCACCAGGCCAAGAGGACGGGGCUGCCGUUUACCCAGUGGGGUACCAGUACCCCUCCAUGGAGACGAUCGCUGAGAUGAUCCCUGCUGUCCUGCAGUUCUUUAACUUCCGUACCGUGAUCGGAGUGGGUGUGGGCGCCGGGGCGUACAUCCUGUCCAAGUUCACACUUGCUAACCCGGAUUCAGUGGAGGGUCUGGUUUUGGUCAACAUCGACACAAACUCCCGAGGGUGGAUGGACUGGGCAGCUCAGAAGCUCAGCUCUGUGACGUCCUCCCUCACUGAGCAGAUCCUGUCGCACCUUUUCAGCCAGGAGGAACUCUCGUCCAACACAGACCUGGUGCAGUCUCAUCGAGAGCGCAUCUCUAAAGCGCCCCACCUGCUCAACAUCGAGCUCUUCUGGAAGACCUACAACAGCCGUCGAGAUUUGACCCUCGAUCGCAGCUGCACCUUCAAGUGUCCCGUCAUGUUGGUGGUGGGCGACCAAGCUCCAUACGAGGACGCCGCUGUGGAGUGCAACAGCAAACUAGACCCCACUACCACCUCCUUCCUGAAGAUGGCGGACGCUGGUGGUCUCCCCCAGCUCACUCAGCCUGCAAAACUGACUGAGGCAUUCAAGUACUUUAUCCAGGGAAUGGGCUACAUGGCUUCGUCAUGCAUGACCCGCCUGUCACGCUCGCGCACCACCUCCCUGUCCUCCUCAUACUCCAUGGACGGAUCCCGCUCACGCUCCCGCACGCUGUCGCAGGGCUCGCAGGGGGGCCAGAUGCCACCCAGCCCCUCCCAGACCAUGGAGGUGUCAUGCUGAAGAGGAGGAGGUUAGAGGAUGGGGGAGAACGCCAAGAGAAAGGUGCCAGUCGAGACGAAUGGGUUCCCAUGUUUGUCACUACAAUUCCCAUCAUUCCCCGGUGGAGCUGAAUAUAGGAGGUGGGGGCGGAGGGAGGAGGGCGUGUCACAAUGAAGUCCAAAUGCUUGUAUCCUCACUGUCCUGAUUUACAGAAAAGCUUUAGAAAAACAUAAAAGAUCGAUGUAACAUAGAGGGAGAUGGGCUAAACAUGGUGCCCCCCCUCUGCUCUGUUAUUGGCCCUUUAAUUUAGCCAGGUCGCUAGAGGCCAUUAACUAAUAAUAGUAAUAAUCCUAAAAAAAACAGUGUUAUUGUUGAAGCUGAUGACUGAUGUGUUGUUUUUCUUAACAAAAAAAAAUACUAUAGCAGAGUUAAACAAUGUGCUAGUUUCUAUUUUCAACUCAUGUUUGUGUUUGUAACCUGUGCCGCUAAGGAGCUCCCCCUUGUGGUGGCCAGGUUGUAAUGUCUUCCAGCCGUCGUUCGCUGUUUUUGUGCCCUCAUCUGAGGAAGUUUUUUUGGCGGAAAGCUCCUUUCCUCUGACUUUUUUUUUUCAUUUUAAUGUGGCGUGGCGAUGGAAAAUGCUUGGGUUUUGCUUCGGCUAUAGCGAGAGUGCUUCCAGUCGCCACAACAGCGACCUCGCUGAGUAGCAUGCUGGCGCGUUGAAAUGAAGGGAUCACUGUGUUUAAUCUUCUGGGUUUUUUUUAAACUCUCUUAACCUCAAGAUACCUCCUAACGAAAAUUUUUUUAAAAAAAAACCCAGCCAGCAUACUUGAGUUUAUGUGCGCUCGAAAGAACUUCACACAGCCGCGACGUGAGCAAGUAGGGAAGUGCGUACAAGUGCGUCUAGAAAAUUUUCUGUAUUGUAACGACCAGCAAUGAGACGCUUUUAAAAUGUGAACGAUAAUCAAACAGAGCUAAAGCUGCACCUUUUAAAUUGUUUUUAAUUGUUAAAUUGAACAAUAAUUCUCCUAAAGCUAACCACUGCCAUUAGCCACAUGAGCUGCCACUGGAUCUUUUUAAAGAAACAUUCAAUCUAAUCUAAUCUGACCACUUGUUUGUGCACAGAAAAGUGUAAAAUCUUCAACCUGUGAGCCAAAUUGAAGACUUAAGUGAUUGCCAAAACUGCUAAUGAUUAAUGAAAAGAAAAGGAGCGGUACUUGUGUGUGUGUGUGUGCGGAUUCAUAGAGAGGGAAGUCUGACUGGAGAUGUCCGACCUUGUCUAUUUUUCUCCCCCUUUCUUCUUUCUGUGUCUCAUCUUCUUUCUGUGUCAGUUCCCUCCAAAAUACUCACAUUAGUCUAUCGUGUGAUAGUUCACGUAACUUUUUUUUUUUUUAGCAUUAGGGAGAGUCAUGUUAUAAACAUUGAGACAAAAAAAAUCCAAUUUACUUGUGUGACAAAAAAAAUGUAACACAUUAUAAGAUAUGAAUAAAAACCUAUGAUGAA